AUGGAUGAUGAUAAUCAAACACUCGCAGAUUGCGGAUUGUCGGGUGCGGUAGCCAAAGCUUACUCUCCUGCACUUCUCUUUUUAUGUUAUCGCAAGGCUGGUAGUGACAACGAAUGGGAACCAAUCGAUGUGGCUGACUUGAGUACACCUCCUCCAUUGCCUGAUGUGUUCAACAAAACGGAUGACGAUAAAAAGGACAAUCCUCAGAUAGCUUCCUGA